AUGUUAUCUAACGAGAUGUUAUCGAUUAAGCAACAUAUUCGUGAAAAAGAUACAUAUGUAUCAACUACGUAUUUUACUUUCAAAAACAAUGUUCAAACACCCACUCUUGAAAUAAAGCAAAAAUGGCCUAUUGAAGCUAUAAAUCAUAGCCAGUUAGAAAAUAUUAUUAAUAGCAAAGAAUCCAAGAAUAUUACAAUGAUUUCAAGAGAAAUAGGAAUGGAUUAUGAGAAAAGAAAUUUAGCUGACAAAAAUAACAAAAUUAUUGAAGUAAGAAGCUUCUCUGCAAUUCCUAUUACAACUACAGACUCAUUUGAACUACCACAGACUAAGCGACAAUGUAGUUCCUCGAAAUCGAAUUUCCACACAACCUACAAUCGUCGUUACUAUGGAAGAGAAGAACAAAGCUCCGAGAAAAUUUGUUCUCAUCGAACUCAUCCUGAUUGUACCAGAACAACUGAAAUCAGUCCCGUUUCUGUAACGUAUUAUCCGUACUAUGUAUAUUCUCCUUAUUUUGUCGGUAUACCAACUGAUGCUCAUAACAUUUAUAAUACUUAUUAUCAUCCAGAUGCAGUCAAUAAUUUAAAAAUACCAACACAUAAAAAUCAUAGAAAAAUUAAAAAGCCUUAUUUUUAUGAAGAGUCAUAUUUAGAAGAGAAUAAUGAGUUUUUGGAUGAUGAAAUAGAUGAAAACCAAAAUAAAUGCAAUAAAGGUUCUAAUAUAUAUACAAUAAAAUAUGAUGAAAACGACGAUACAAAAGACACAGAAUUAUUAAAAAAACUGAAAAAGGGGCAUAUAGAAGUUUUAGAUAGAGAUAAGUUUGUAAACGAAGUUCAUAAUGAUUUAAAAGAGGUUAAAGCUCUUACUUCGACGUCCGUGGUUGAUGAGGGUUCCUUGAAAAUAUUGGACCAUUACUAUAAAGAUAAAGCUUCUGUUACUGUAUACUCACCUAACACCAAUAACUCACCCGCGCUACUUUCGGCUUCGUCCCUAGACAAAAACAAAUCUAUUCAAAUUUCAUCCGAAUUUCAUCAAGUAACAUCCAAAUUUCUGCUGCUGCUGCUGCUGCUGCUGCUGCUGCUGCUGCUGCGUGCUGUUCUGUGUGCUGUGCUGCGAGCUGUUCUGGCU